AUGAAAGAACUCUCUAAAGCGUCGAUCGAUUAUUAUAUACUACCGAACAAGAUCUUUUGUAGUAUAGCUGGAAUGUGGCCUAUCGACGAGAAAAGUUCAACGCGUAGCAAACUAUUCGCAUACUUCCGUCUGAUAUUCGGAUUAACGGCAAUCAGUAGUGUCUUCGUGCCAGAAAUUAUGGCGAUAGUGUGGAAUUGGGGUGACAUAAGAAUCUUGGCAGGAGUAGGAUGCGUUUUAACAACAGUCGGACAGUUAUUAUUCAAAAUGAUUUACCUAAUAGCGAGAAGGGACAAAACGUACAAGCUUUGCAACGAAAUACGUGAUCUAUGGGAUUCAUCCGAUGAUCCAAAAGAAAGACAGUCCUACGAAGAGCUCGCUCAUUGGGCAAGAAACCUUACGAUAAUCUUUUACUCGUCCUGCAUGUGCAACGUGUUCACAUUCACGAUUGCCGCAGCCUUCGAUUAUUUCACGAUCGAAUACAGCGUCAGCGAUGCUGAUAAAAGUCGACACUUGCCCUUCGAAGUCUGGUAUGGAAUAGACAUCACACCGUCUCCUCGCUUCGAGAUCGCUUUCCUUUGUCAAAUCGUAGCAUCUAUGAUCUGCGCAGCCGCGAUCUCAGGCUUGGACGCGACGUUUAUGACCACGAUUCUACACGUGUCUGGUCAAUUCAAAUUGAUCAACAGAUGGAUCAGUAAGAUUGGAAUAGAGAUAAAUAUCGAGCCCGAUUAUCCGCGAAAAUUAAAAGCGAAUCUGAUCAAAUGCAUUCGCCAUCACCAACGAAUGAUAAACGUUGUGAACGACGUGAAUAAUUUAUUAACACCCAUCAUUUUCAUGCAACUUCUUACGAGCGGAAUAGAGAUUUGUUUGAGUGGAUUCGCGGUGAUCGAUAACGGCACCGGUACCGAUCUUCUCAAAUUUGUGUCUUAUUUAACCUCGAUGGGGGUGCAACUUUUGCUAUGGUGUUGGCCUGGUGAAAUUCUCGUUCAAGAGAGUUUAGAAAUAGGUCAUGUAGUCUAUCUAAAUAUACCAUGGUACAAUUUACCACCGAUUUAUCAGAAACAACUUUGCCUGAUGAUCAUUAGGGCCCAACAGUAUUGCAGCAUUACGGCAUUAACGUUUCAAACGUUGUCUAUUCACACGUUAACAGCCGUAUUCAAUACAGCUGCUUCGUAUUUUACUUUGCUGCGACAAAUGCAGCAAACGUAA